AUGACUGAGUCUGGAGCUGCAAACCGAAUCAUGCCAGAGGUAGAACUAGUUGCGGGCUUCUGCCCCGGCGACACGUUGAAGGAGCUCGAGUCUGGCAGCUCAUCCGUCCCCCAAGCAACUAUUGCUCUUCUCGAUGACCGAACGAACGACGGAACGAACUCGAUUUCUCGGGGCUACCUGGGUCCUCUCAACGCGCAUCAACUGUACCUAGAGCUGAAAAAGGAUCGAUUCCAUUUCGAAAAAGACAAAUCACAAAAUCAACUACCAGCACACCAGUUGAAUGCUGAUCGCCGCUUACUGUUCAUCACGGACCUAGAUUACUGGUCGAUGAUGGCUCUUGUUUCAACCCUCUCGAUCCACCAGGCAAAGGCCUUGAGGGACAGCCUUUAUCGACAUCUGGCGUUUAGGGGUUUUUUGGGUUCCACAUAUCCACCCAGCGGCUUCUCGACUUUUCAGCUGGCCUUUGACCUUCCGUACUACGCCUUUAGAGUCGCACCGUGUCACAGCCCACCUCGCGAUCCCCGGAAGCGAAAAUCGGCAGCCAGUGACACUCUCAGAAACGUCACAGAUUUGUCUUUCCUCGUGAGGAAGCCAAGGAGCCCCCUACCUCCCACCACGAAAGCAUAUCUGUGCGAGACCCAAACGACCGUUCUCAUCAGCGGGUCAGACCCUUGGAGGUGGGUGGCGUACUGCUUCGUAGACACCUACUUUGAAAGUGAAGACAAGAGGGAAAGCGUCGACGCCUAUGAUGAGGAGGUGGAAAUCGAUGACGAGUCACACGUGCUCUUCCGACCUGAUCCUUUCACGACUGCGGAAUCGGACGCAAAUCUCCCUGUUUUGAAUCCUCGGGAGUACUUUCUAAUUGUGUUGGAGUCGCGGCUACGACAGGCGAGAGACGAAUGGCACACCCUAGCAACAAACAUGGGAGACAGUAUCAAUGAAUACAUCAACACUUGCCCCAUCACAAUGACGGAUCCCCCUUCGCCCCCUCCCGAUGACCCCCUUGCCGUGAGACAAUCCCGCGGUUGGGCAGUCCGUACCAAAAAGCUUCUGCGGCCCCUGAUCCAGAAGCUGGCAGCCACCAUCAACCAAUUGGAUUCUUUAAAGUCAGACGAGACUUUCGCCACACUUGCAGGACGCGCACCUCGAUUCAUUUCUCAAAUCGGCAACCAUACCAAACGAUUACGAGGAUCGUUAGAAGAUCUUGAGAAUCUCUGCAAAGCUUGUGACGACUACAAUGAUGAUCUAUCAUUCUACCUCAGUCAUGAAGGGACUCGUGAUGCCAGAACCCAAGCCAAAAUGGCUAGUUUUGCCCAGAACAUGACUUUCCUUAUUGUGGGUCUUCUCUCACCCAUUGCAGUAGCAGCUGGCGUGCUGUCAAUGCAUCAACAGGCCAUUCCUGCCCCCCUUGGACCUAAUGCCAGGUCAUUCUUUGGCUUGAUCAUUAUUCUCAUGGUUGCAGUGUGGUCAACUAUUGGUAUCAUGGUUCAUUGGAAGCGAAUUUCGCAGGUUAUAACCAAACUUUUCAAGGCUAUCUUGACUGAUGACAUAGACUUGGAAAGACAGCAAGAAUGA